CUCAUCGUUGUGUUGGUUUGUGAGCGUGACAACAACGUGACCAAGCGUGAACCUUCCUAUAAAGAGCUGGCGGGACACGGCAGGCUCACACUCCCUGGCUGACCCUCUGCCGCUGUCCUGCCGCCAACCCCAACGCCUCCACGCGUCGUCACCAUGAGUCUGAAGGUCAUCUUCCUCCUGUGUUCGGCCGCUCUGGUCGCCGCCUUGCCGACCGAUAGCGCAGGCCAAGAGGGCCUGGUGGGUGCGAGCUUCGCCGUGGAGGCCCCCCCCAUCUUACUCACGGAGGAGGAUUUGAGGGAGGCGCUGAAUCAGAACGAAGAGGAAGGAGAAGCGGAAGGAGAGCCGCAGGCGGCGGAUGAAGACGAGGAGAGUGAUAGAAUCGCGCAGGAAUACAACAGCUUCGUGGAAAGGCUAAAAAAGUACCACAAAAAGAAGGGAGAUAGUCCCAAAGAGGAGUUUUAUUUUCGCUGAUGUUAUACCCCACGUCGCCCCUCCAUGAGCCACAACUGGAACGAAGAGUAAACCAGACCCUAUCUUGUCCCUCUUGUACCGGUUUUUAAAGGUUGUUUUCAAAUGCUUUAUGCUCCCACAAUAUCCAUUUCCCAAGGCCACAGUGAAGGUUGGUUAGGUUCGUGGUACAAUAUAUUCCUUUGAUGCUUUGAGCUCUUGUAAAACUGCAAAUAUAUAUGAUGAUGAUUAU